UCGAUUCCAAUUUUGUAUACACAAUCAUUUUAUGGUCCUUCGAACCGGAUACACAAACCUGCGUACAUAUUUGGAGGACUCUCUGGGAUUUCAAUUCCGCCGUUUCAACUCAACAGCAUUGGAAGAAAACAGCUCAAUAUGCGUGACCAUCCAAAACCAAAUCACUCAUCGACGAAAGGAAACCGAUCAUAUGUGUGUAGAGUAUGCAGACACCCCCAUGCAUUACGUAAGUGUAAGAGAUUCCUAGAGAUGAAUACCACCAAGCGCCUCCAGGUUGUGGAUAUGUAUGGGUACUGUAAGAACUGCCUAGCUCACACCCACUCUCAAGGGAGAUGUUUUACCACAACUGGGUGUCGAUACUGUCAUCAAAAACACCAUUCUUUACUCCAUCUACAUCCCAGGCUUCAGCAAGAUAGUGAGGCACUGCAUAGACAUAGACAAAGCACAGAAUCUACACAUCAGAACCGUUCCUCGAGAUCACGAUCAAAUAAUCCAAAUCCAAUUCCACACAAGUCCAAACCGGAAAUUAAAUCUGCUUCUGGGUCCCAAGCUAAAUCAUCCACUGUAUCCUUGUCGACAAUCCUCAAACAAAAUAUAAUUACUUUGCUACCCACAGCAAUUGUCCAAAUAAAAUUCUCUAAGGAAAUUAUUAAAGUCCGAUGUAUUUUGGAUUCCGGGUCUAAAUACAGUCGUAUAUCUAUGAAAAUCGUCAAUCAGCUACGGCUAAAUACAUAUAGCCUUAAUGAGGAAACCGCUUGUCCAAUCACAUUAACAUCCGUAUAUGAUCCCGAUAUAAAUUUCGAAGUUACUCUCCGUGUAAGCAGCCGUAUCUCCAUCCAUACGCCAGAAAGGUCAUUGCCCAGUUCCUACAAAACAAACUUUAAUAAUGUUAUGCUGGCCGAUGCUAAAUUCUACAGGUCUUCUCCUGUUGACAUCAUCUUGGGUGUAGACAUUUACUCACGCGUUAUUUGUGAGGGCAUCUUAAGCCGGCCAGGUUUACCGACUGCACAAAACACUAUUUUUGGGUGGGCUAUCUAUGGUAAUUGCUCGAUUUGAAUACACUCUAGUCCGAAAUAUCCAAGA